AUGAGAGUAAGAACAACAGAUGGCAAAAUUCUAGAGUUAGAUGAGCUAUAUGCCUUAAAAAGUUAUCUACUCAGUAGCUUGGCAACAAUCCAAUCGGUAGAAGAGCCGAUUGAUAUACUGGUCGACUCCAAGACCAUGAGAAUUAUAUACGAUUUUAUGAUUCGAGACAAUCAUGCUCUAAAACGAGAAUACAACUCGCUCGAAAUACACUUUUCGAAUGAGACUCUGUCAUAUUUUGAUAGUAAAUCAACUUCUGAGGUUAUAAGCAUAUGCAACGGUGCCAACUACCUUGAGUAUCCGUACUUGCUUGAGGUUUGUUGCAAAAUAUUGGCUAUUAGAUUGAGCCAAGGCUCAGCCAAAACCAAGAAUGAAGUGCUGGGAGAGAGAAGAAUAACUGAGGAGGAUAUGAGCUUAAUAAUCCAAGACUUCGACUGGGCAAAUGAGAGCAUUUGA